AUGUAGUUAACAGUUUGCCUCAAUACAUACUUCACCUACCGCACUUUUCGACAGUUACCCUCGCUUGAACAUAGAAGCUUACAACGAUGACAGACGUAGAGAAAACGCUAGCUCUCUUAAAGCCCGAUUCUGUUCGGGCAGGCAAGGCUCAGGAGAUUAUGCAACUCAUCGAGCUUAAUGGGUUCACGAUUGUAGCAAAGCAAAAGUUGCAGCUGACACGCGCACGCGCGGAGGAGUUCUAUGGGGAGCAUUAUGGGAAAGAAUUCUUUCCCAAGCUGGUGGGCUUUAUGACGAGCGGUCCCAUCUGGGCCCUGGUGCUCGCCAAGCCUGGAGCCAUCCUGGCGUGGCGCGCCCUGAUGGGGCCCACAAACGUUUUCAAAGCCCGUGCUGAGCAACCCAAAUGCCUCCGCGCCCUGUACGGCACAGACGGUACCCAAAACGCAACCCACGGCAGCGACUCGCCCGCCAGCGCAGCCCGGGAGAUAAAGUUCUUCUUCCCCCACCUGGUGCCGGACCCCGUGACGGAUCCCGCCGUGGCGGCCGAUUACAUCGCCACACGCAUUCAGCCCGCGCUGUCCAAGGCCCUAGCGGCGCUGGCGCGGGAGAAGCCUUCCGCGGACAAGUUCGAGGCCAUCACCUUCAUUGCCAGCUACCUCCUUCAAAACAACCCCAACAAGCCCAAGGUGCUGUUGCCCGAUGAGUGGGAUCCCGCGCUCAUGGGCGACGAUGAGGACGAUGAAGCGGAUUUUGUUAACGCACGGCCCGUCGCUGGCUCGGGGGUAGUGGAGGUGGCCGCGGCGGCGCCGCCGCCGCCGCCGCCGGCUCCACCGGCUGCGGCCCGCACUCCAACGCCGCCACCGGCUCCGCCGGCUGCGGCAACGCGCACGCCGACACCGCCGCCUGCGGCGGCGGCGGCGCCACCGGCUCCGUCAGGCUCCCGGCCGUCUUCUGCGCGACCAACAUCGGCGACAAGGCCUGGAUCUGGCGGCCGGCGACCUUCGUUGACGGCAGCGGCGCCGCCGCUAGCGAAGCCGGAGCCCGACCCCGCUGCGCUGGAUGCAGCGGCGACUAAGGUACAGGCAGCUUACCGAGGCUACCACGCGCGACGAGAGGUGGCGGUCAUCCGCGCGGAAGCUGAGGCUGAGCGAUUGCAGCGCGAGGCGGAGGCGGCGCUGAGGGGCCUUGAUGCAGCGGGAGCCGAGCUGGGGGAGGCCAGUGCCAGUGGCGGCGGAGGCGCAUUCAGCACGUUGGGUAUUGACUUGCCGGAGGGUGUGACGGACGACAUGGCGGCGGAGGCGACAGUGAUGGUGCAGUCGCACAUGCGGGGCUACUUGGCACGUAAGCGGGUCGCGGAAUUGCGAGCUCAGCGGGCGGCGGCGAUGGAUGGGAUGUACGGCGAGUCGUACGCGACGGCGGCGGCAGGCGAGGGGUACGUUGAGGGCCAGGAGGACGCGGAGGGUGCGGAGUAAUUAUUUAGGAGCGGCGGUGUGUAUGUGUGCUGUGUGGGCUUGGCUUUGGAUGGAUUUGUUGGGAUAUGAUGUUUGGCUGCUUGGGGGGAAGACGAAGUACGAAGGGAUUCGCCAGGGUUGUGUUUUCCUUUUUUACCUGUGUUUUUUGUGUGGUGGGGUGUGUGGGGUGUGGGGCAGGGGUAUGAAGGAUGGGACUCCGGGGUGGUGCCAUGGCGACCGAGGAGGAGCUGUUUGGCCUCUUGGAACCUUUCCUUUACCCAUAAGUGUAGAACAACAAAACACACCGUACCUGGAAAGGGAGCAGCAGAGGUUGAGCCCUGAGUUCUCUCUCUCUUGAAGAGGAAGAAGGGAAAAUUAGUGACGGAGCCCGCCCUGACAGGCCCCCAAACAGUGAUCUGGGAACGUUUUUGAGAAUGAUCUUGCAUCCCGUGAAAAAAUUAGCGACGAUGAUGACGAUGGCGAGGACGACGACGACGGUGGUGGCGAUGAUGAUGAUGUUUGAGAAUGACUCUGCUGCAGACAUGUAGAUGUUUUUAUGACAAGAUCCCAAAUCGGCAAAACAUCUGAAACAGGGGCAGAUAGGGUUAGUAGUAAAGGGCCCGGGGGGGCCCCGCAGCCCUCCUGGAGUGGCCAACUCCGUUGAUACCACCACCACCACCACCACCACCACAAGAUGGCAAAAGGCGCCAAAAGCCGCUUGGCCCCAAAUUGUAACAUGGUUCUGUCG